AUGAUUGUCUGUAUACAGUCAACACAAAAUACAAAAUCCCAAGAGAAUAAUCUCCACAAUACUAUAUUAACGUUAUUUAUUAAUCAUUUCUGUACAAGGAGUCGUUAUACCAGAGAAGGGAAAAAAAAAACAUUUUUCCAAUGUAUGACAUAUUUCACAGAUAUAGGUACUCCUAUUGAUUAUCAAUCAAAACGUUGGACCGAUUUUAAAAGAGCUGUCAGAUGGUCAGAAUAUCCGUCAUCAUUUUCACCAGAAGUUAAACGUCAUUAUUUAUAUGAACAACGACCAUAUUACAAUGAUAUUCUAGUUUAACUAAUCAAUCUCUAUUGAUUUAUCCAUUUGAUCAACAAAUGAAGAAAUGAUCAUUGCAGAUCAAUUAAUUGGUUAAUAAUAAUAAUAAUAAAUUUCAUACAGAAUAUUCGUAUUUCAUCUUAAAGCUUAUAAUAAUUGAAGUUAGAUCACCAUGGAAAACCUUGAAGCUCUGGACAACCGUUUUUCGUCGUAGUAUGAGACUCCACGGUAGUGCUCGCGUGAAACCAACAAGUCUUGAGUUCGAAUCUCACCAGUGGAAUCGUAGAUAUGCACUGCUGAGGAGUCCCAUAAUAGGGCGAAAUGGCUGUCCAGUUCUUCCAGGUUUUUUCAUGGUGGUCUAAUUUCAAUGAACUCAUCAAUUCAACCAUUAAGUUACGAAAGUCUUCAUAAAAUCGCCUUCUGAUAAUAAAAACAGUUUUGAUCAAAAUCACAUCAACGUUUAUGUGCUAUGGAUAUUAGUACUAUUUUAGUGAAUGAAAACACAAGUGGGGACAAUCGAAUGUGUUUGAACACACAAUUACAGAACAUCUUAGUAAAAUCUGAGAACUUUAUUGUUCCUACAUUUCCAUACCAAUCGCUUUCUGUUCCUAUUCUUUCCUCGUCGAUCUUCUUGACCAUGUGCUGCCAGACAUUCUAUUCCUGACUAGAGUUAUAUACUACUUAUGUCAAUAUAAGUAGCAUACGUCACGGAUUGAACAGAUUAAUUUCAACUUUAAUAACAAACCCAUGAUCAAAUAGUUGGAAAAAUUGUUAUUAGUGUUAGAUCUUAUGACCUUGUAACCCUAUUAAUAUGUAUAUAUGACGUAAUGAUACCGUCAAUGAGAGAAUAGUGGCUUAUCGAUCGGACCAAUGACGACGCAUAAAACAAGUAUGAGUAGUUUAGAAUCUUCAACGAUCCUUUUUUCUGCCUAGCUUUGACUGUCUAUUACGUUCAGGACACUAAUCUCAACCUCCGAAAUAUGAAUCAUGAUAUUUCAAACAUACUGGGUUUAUAUAUAAACCAAAACAGAACACAUCGUACCACAUAACAUAGAAAACAACGUUUGUACAAGAUUUAGUCAAAUGUGACUGUGAAUGUAGAAGAUAGUAAUUGAUAGACUGGGUGUAACUCAAGAAUGGUAAAUCGUAUAAUAAUACUAAUCCAUAGGUCAAAAUAAAG